UUUGGUCUAUCCCUGACCUGUUCCCAGCGACACCAUUUCGUCUUUGAUUAUUCCAAGACUCAUUUAUAUCGGUGUUUUUUAUUUUCUUCGUCUUAUUAAAAUCCCAUUCCGUCUUCUCCUUCACCGUUCUUCGCAAGUCAAUCUCCUCUUCCACGGCGUCGUUGAGGUCUAUCUCCAGUUGUUCAACAUCCACUGCUUCUUCUACUUCCUCAACUUUUUUUGUUUGGUUUCUCCAAUCACCGAUUAUCUGUGACGUCUUGAACUGACGUCGACCGCCGCAGGAUUCGAAUCAAUCGAACCGGGUUUUCAAGAAUUGAAGUUUUGAAGGUACUGGAAGGCGUAGUUGUUUGCCCAAUUCUCUGGUUUAUGUUUUAUCCUGCAGAGCCUCGCAGUUCAGUGGGGUUCUUAAGUUAUGAAUGUAUAUAGAGAAUUUGGUUUCUGGGUGAUCUAAGAAAUCCAAGUGUCUUAAGAUGUAUGCUGUAGGGAGGCUAGGCAGCUACAUCACCCGAAGUGUGUACACUGUCUCUGGCCCAUUUCAUCCAUUUGGUGGAGCUGUGGAUAUCAUUGUGGUGGAGCAGCCUGAUGGGAGCUUCAAGUCUUCACCAUGGUAUGUCAGGUUUGGGAAAUUUCAAGGGGUUUUGAGGGCAAGAGAAAAGGUGGUUACCAUUACUGUUAAUGGAACUGAUGCAAAUUGUCACAUGUAUCUUGAUCAAAGAGGAGAAGCUUACUUUCUCCGGGAGAUUGAAGGAGAAGAAGGUGAAUCUAUAUCAUAUAUUUCAUCUUCAAGUGAUGAGAUGGACGAGGAAUCCCUGAAAAUCAGGAGAACAAUGAAGUCCAAAAGUUGCUAUGAUGAUGGCAUUAAGUUGGAUUCAGGUGACCAGAUUGAUCAAAGUAGUGGAGAUGUGGCUAGGACUAUCUCCAACCAGUCGAGGAUAUCUAGGCUUGUUUUUGGAAGAAGGUCAACAAAGGAGAAUGGUUACCAAGAGGGAGGUGAUGGUGAUGGUGCUAGAGUGGUAAGGAUAAGUUCACUGGACCGUGCAGAGAUUGCAGCUGACCUUGUUGAAACUUUCAUGUUAAAUGAGAGUGAUAUGGAAGAAAAAUUGGUGGAGAUAGCUGAAUCAUCAAGAAACAUUGCUGAACCUAUUUUAGAGAGUGGCGAUCAAGAUAGGAAUGCUGAGGUUGUGCUCCCUGAUGUCACUUGUUCAGAUCCACAAAUUGCAGAUGUGUUUGAAACAUGUUCUGGCAAGAAGUUGGAUGAUAAACAGGCUUCCAAAGACAGAAAUGAUGUAUUGACAGGCUUUAGCGGCUCUCAGGAGGAGAGUGGGUCUAGUAGAGUUCAAUCUUUCAUUUAUAAUGGGGCAUCCGAGAUUUCAGUGAUGGGAUUGGAUGGUUUGAAAGAGCAAUCUAAGUUCCAAAUUACUAGUGGAGGACCUGAGGAAGCUCAUUUUUGUAUUGAAACUUUGCAUGUGACAGCUGAGCCGUUACCUGAGGAUUCAGUUAACCAGCAAACUGAGGAUAUAAAUUUGGAGAGACAACACACUGAGCCUUGUGAAACAAAACCUUCUUUUUCCAUGCGUGGCCAUGAUGAGGCAGACUUGGAAGUUCCAUUAACAGUAUCAAUAUCCUAUUCUCAACCUGUGCAUGUUGACUCUGUACUUGGUUCUGUUGAAGUGGAACCAGAGGACCCUGUUUUCAAUGUUAACAAUUCUGUUGAUCAAAUUGAAGAUGAUAUAAAUAUUGGGAGUAAAAUUACUAUGGACGAGCUGGAACCUUCUCUAGAGUCAGCUGGUGUCUCAGGACAAAUUAAUGGUGACCUUAACUCAGCAAAAGCAGCUACAGUUCAUGUAUCGGAGAGUUCAGAAGAAGAACAAUUCUUCUUCAGUGAUAUAGAUGACUUUGAACUCAGAGAAACUCAGGGCGAUUCAUAUUUUCCUUCUAGUGUGGAUAAAGGAAAUCAUCCCUCAUUUUGUCCAGAAGGAAUUGAUGUUGUGAAUGGGCUUCUUAAUACAAAUGAUGGAUCUUAUUCCUCUCAAGACAACUUUGUCCAAGAUAACAGAUUGGAUGACUGCGAAAACUUGACAGAAAAUUCAAAGUUAACAUCGAGUCCAGUUUUUAUUCCUAAACGUCAUAAUGUCGUAGAUGCAGAAGUUGGGCGGCUGGCAGGAUCAUUACCUGAUUUAUGGUCUCACACUGAUAAUCUAGGUACAAUGGACUCUCGCCCUCUCAGCCAUUCACUGGACUUGGAUUCUGACUCCCUGGACUGGAAAUUGCACAGCAAGAAUGAGUCACACUUUGCAAAUUCAGAUAUAAGCAAUGAAAAUAAGUCAGUGGAGGAUUAUUCCAAUAAGGAAGAUACUCAUCACUUGGAGGAUGUCAAAGAUGGUGUUGGCAAUCCUGCUAUAGAGAUAUCUCUUUGCAAACAUUUGUUAUAUGAAGGAAUGGGAGCUGAAGCUGCUUCUCAGGCAUUUGAUGCUGAAAAGUUGGAUAUAGAAAAAUUUACUUCUUUAGGUCCUGCAGUUGUGAAGAAUGAUAGGCUUGUUGUUAGAAUUGGUGGCCAUUACUUCCCUUGGGAUGUAGCUGCUCCUAUUGUUUUAGGAUUAGUAGCAUUUGGAAGUGAAAACAUAUUUGAGUCAGAAGGCAUGAUACCUGUUGAUCAAGUUGAGAAAUCUCUUGUAGGGGAUCCAUCAGAAGCCAUUGCUAGCACUGGUGGAAGUUGGAGACUUUGGCCUUUCCCUUUUAGAAGAUCAAGAUCCAGGAAGACUUUGCAGCCAGCUCUAAGUGAUACCAGAAGUUCUGAUGAUUUUGUAGUUUCAAACGGCAUUAUUUGCGUUGAUGAUGAUAAAAAUGUGCUAAAAGGAGAGGCCACGAACAAGAUGAUGAAGGCAAUUGCUCCAACAUCUGAACAACUGGCAUCCCUGAAUCUGAAGGAAGGGAGUAAUGCUGUAACAUUCACGUUCUCCACUGCAAUGCUGGGGAAGCAAAAGGUUGAUGCCAGAAUUUAUUUAUGGAAAUGGAACACUCGCAUAGUGAUCUCAGAUGUUGAUGGGACAAUAACAAAAUCAGAUGUUCUAGGCCAGUUCAUGCCUUUGGUUGGGAUAGAUUGGUCACAAAACGGGGUUGCACAUUUAUUCUCAGCUAUUAAGGAUAAUGGGUAUCAAUUCCUUUAUCUAAGUGCACGUGCAAUUGCUCAAGCCUAUCUUACUAGACAGUUCCUGGUUAACCUUAAGCAGGAUGGGAAGGCUCUACCAGAUGGUCCUGUUGUUAUAUCACCUGAUGGACUUUUCCCGUCUCUGUAUCGUGAAGUCAUCAGAAGGGCUCCUCAUGAAUUCAAGAUUGCAUGCCUGGAGGAGAUCAAGGCAUUGUUUCCUUCUGAUUGCAACCCUUUCUAUGCUGGUUUUGGUAAUAGAGAUACUGAUGAGAUUAGCUACCUAAAGGUUGGGAUCCCAAAGGGAAAGAUCUUUAUCAUUAAUCCCAAGGGUGAGGUUGCGGUGAACCGCCUUGUGGACACAAGAUCAUAUACUUCCCUUCAUGCUCUUGUGCAUGGCAUGUUCCCGGCCUAUACAUCAUCUGAGCAGGAGGAUUAUAAUUCAUGGAAUUUCUGGAAAUUGCCACCUCCUGAUAUUGAUAUUUGAAGGCGUGAAUUCAAAAUUAGCCCCGAGUGUAAAGGCUAAUGGUUUUUGGCCGAGAUUGUUGUAUAACCAUUCAGGUUUACGAGUGAUGAGACGGUGAUGGAGGAAUUUCCCCCAUGCAAGCUGUGUCAUCCAUUGAUGAUUCAAAAGGAUUAAUACGAGAUCUGCACAAGAGAGAGCCGAAUUCAUGAACAGUAAAAUGUACAAUAUACGUGACAUUGUAUAGCACAUACAUUUAGUCCCAUACAAAAUGUAAGAGCGCAGUUAAGUAUGCCCUAGAAAGCAUUGAUGUAUUAUUGUCUUCUGUCAAAUGCCUUGAAUUUGAUUCUUUUUCUCUAAUUUAUAAUUUUUUUUAUAAAUUUAGUUUUAAUCAA